AAAAAAAAAGAAAAAAAAAAAAAAUUUUUUUUUUAAACCCUCUCAAAAAUGGCUUAUUACGGAAAAUGCAAAUUUGAAGAUCCUUUGACAGGACGUAGAUGUGGAUGUCAGAGACUUAGUGUUACAGGAAGCAUCCAAGAUAAUUUGUGUAGAUGUUUACAUCAUGAAUGCUAUCAUGAAUUAUCAUUUUAUCCGUAUACAUUUGGAUACGCAGGUCCAUUAAUCUCAUACAACAUAGAUGAAAUGGUUGAUCAAAUACCAUCAAAUAUUUCAAAUAAUUGUGGCAAUAGACAACGAAAGGCUUUCCUUUGCAUCUGUUUACUUUAUGAGAAUUCGAAUUCAAUAUUAAAAAUUCCCAGGAUAAUUAAGGGAUUGAUUAGUGAAGGAUUAGUAAAAUCAACUCACUUCAAUGAUGAUUCAGAUGACGGAAUUAGAAAAGAAAUUGAAGCAUUGUUUCCACGAUUGAGAGGUGGAGAAUGGCAAUUCUUUCGUUGCGUAUCAACAGCACAUUUGGAAGCUGUUACCGCUCCAGAAAAUGGUUGGACAAUUGAUGAAUUGAAAAAGUGAAUAUUAAUAAAUUUAUUUAUUUUCGUUUAUUUA